AUGUCGGAAAGUGGAUCCCCUGGAGAAGUGAAUCAGAUCCGGAGUCCCUUCCCCAACGUCGGUGUUUCCGACACCCCAGCACGUGUCGAACUUACCCCUGAAGGGGUUGCCAACAACUUCCUUGAGUUGAGGUCUCUCCUCAAUCAAUAUGUUAGCAGGGAAAGGGACAAGGGAGUGAGGAUCCGUCUAGACUAUGACGAACCCGAGCCGACAUUAUCUCCUGGACCGCCUAUCCCUCCUUUUACAUCUAGGGAUGAGGCAGGUCCCAGUAAUCCUCCAAAUCCUAACCCGUAUCUGUCUGCAAGGCCAAAUCCUACAGUGCACCCUCUCUUCUCGUCUCAACCUGCUGCGAGCGGUGCUCCACUGGGCCAUGAGCUGACCCUUGACCAGCUCCUGCAGUCCCCAGUAACAAGUCUUCCACCCUCAGCGACAACUUCAUGGGAACAGGCCUUGUCGUUUCCCAUGGCAGCACUUCAUCAAUCAAGUUCUAGCAACCCAAGGAAAAACAACAACAUGGGUGCAAGGGUUGAAGAAGAUGUAGCCAAACCCUACAAGCCGAGCAACCUUUCAUGCUUUUCACAGCAAAUAGCUGACUAUGAUUUUCAAACAAAGAUCAAGAUGCCAUCCCAUAUCAAGACACAUGACGAAACCGAAGAUCCUAAGGACCAUCUUCAGAUCUUUACCGGUGCCGCAAGAAUCGAGAAAUGGUCAAAUGAUGAAUGUUGCUUGAUGUUCAUGGAAACCCUUGUCGGAUCAGCAAGAAUCUGGUUCAAUGACUUAUCUGCUCGAAGCGUUCGAAGCUUCGAUGACCUUAGCAAGGGGUUCCUAGCCAAUUUCUCCCAACAGAGGCGGUAUGUUAAAGAUGCUACAGUGAUCUUUCAGAUCAAGCAAAGAGAUGAUGAAAGCCUUCGAGAGUUCAUAGAGAGAUACAAGAAAGAAGGUCUAACCUAUGUGGGGGCAGACGAAAAAAAUGAGGGUGGCCGGUUUCAUGAAUGCCAUUACCUCAAAAUAUCUCACAAGGGAUUUCAACAAAUCCCUGCUCAAGACCUUAGAAGAAGCUCUCGAAAGGGCUGA